UGUAGAUAUUAUAUAAUAGUAUUUAAAUACUAGGACUAGGAAUAAUAUUCGCUCUACAUUCCCUCUGUAUUGAUUUGAUCCCACGCCUGCGCGUUACGAACGACAGGAGAUGAAGUUUCGAAGAUCGUGUUUUUACAGCAUCCAGCUUCCGUAGCUCUUAAUUCCUAUUGUUUUGUACCUUUCUAAAUAUAAAAACAAAAAUGAGACGACUGAAAGCCUAACUACUGGACAAUAAGAGUCCAAGAUGUGGACUCACCACAUCCUGUUGGCGGUGGUGUGGUGCGGGACGUUGGCUGCGGCUGACAUAGACCGGCGCCGGUUCUCCAACCCCACCUACUACAACGUUGGGGGAGUCCUAUCCAGCAACGAGUCUAUUGCAUUCUAUAAGGAUACUAUAUCGAAUCUGAACUUCAAAGACCAGUAUGUGCCUCGAGGAGUUACGUAUCAUGAUUAUUCCAUGCUUAUGGACCCGAAUCCCAUCAAAACGGCGCUGAACGUCUGUAAGGACCUCAUUGCUCAUCGUGUGUACGCAGUAGUGGUGUCCCAUCCACUGACAGGAGACCUCUCCCCAGCUGCAGUGUCCUACACCAGCGGGUUCUACCAUAUACCAGUCAUUGGUAUUUCCUCAAGGGAUUCUGCGUUCUCUGAUAAGAACAUUCACGUAUCAUUUCUUCGGACUGUGCCGCCAUAUUCGCACCAGGCCGAUGUAUGGGUUGAUGUGCUGAAGCACUUCAAUUACAUGAAGGUCAUAUUCAUUCAUAGUUCCGAUACCGACGGCAGGGCUAUUCUAGGACGCUUUCAAACGACAUCACAGAGCGUGGACGAAGAUGUGGAUCGUAAGGUGGUAGUGGAGCAAGUCAUAGAAUUUGAGCCCGGACUCGAUUCUUUCAGCGACCGGCUUAUGGAUGUAAAAGGUGCCCAAGCCAGGGUAUUCCUCAUGUAUGCCAGCUACGUAUUGGCAUCAGCCAUCCGUGAUAUGAAUACGUCUGAGGAGAUCCAUGCCCCACCAUCUGAUUGUGACAAUUCAGGGUCCAUUUGGACCACAGGACGUUUGCUUUUCGAUUACAUAAGGAAACAACGUUUAGAAAACGGAGCUACUGGCCAUGUCGCCUUCGAUGACCAUGGAGAUCGCGUACAUGCGGAGUAUGACAUGGUCAAUGUUAGGGCUCAGGGCGAACACGUUGCUGUGGGCAAAUACUUUUAUUUUAAAGAAACUCAGAAGAUGCGACUGGAAUUAAAGGAACAGGAAAUAAUAUGGAUGGGCCGAAGCACUUCGAAACCGGAGGGGUUCAUGAUACCGACACAUCUCAAGGUGCUGACAAUUGAGGAGAAGCCAUUCGUGUACACUCGGCGCAUAGACGACGGUAGUGAGUGCACACCUGAGGAGAUCCCGUGCCCCCACUACAAUGCUAGCGAGGACACGGAUCAGCUCUAUUGCUGCAAAGGUUUUUGCAUGGAUCUCCUAAAACAUCUAUCGAAGGCUAUCAACUUUACAUACUCGCUGGCUCUGUCACCUGACGGUCAAUUCGGGAACUACAUUAUACGUAAUCUUACCCAACCAGGUGCCAAAAAGGAAUGGACUGGACUUAUAGAGAAGAAGCCAUCUCGUUCAUCAACAUUGGUAUCGUUCUUGCAACCAUUUUCCAACACUCUAUGGAUUCUAGUGAUGGUCUCUGUCCACGUUGUGGCUCUAGUGCUGUACCUACUCGAUAGAUUCUCUCCUUUCGGACGGUUCAAGCUGGCGAACAUUGAUGGUACGGAGGAAGAUGCAUUGAAUCUUUCCAGUGCCAUUUGGUUCGCUUGGGGAGUGCUACUAAAUAGCGGUAUCGGAGAAGGCACUCCUCGUAGUUUCUCAGCGCGCGUGCUCGGCAUGGUGUGGGCAGGAUUCGCAAUGAUCAUCGUCGCCUCCUAUACUGCCAACUUGGCUGCAUUCCUCGUGCUCGAACGGCCCAAGACGAAGCUUACAGGAAUCAAUGAUGCCAGGCUUCGCAAUACCAUGGAGAAUCUGACCUGCGCCACGGUUAAGGGAUCAGCUGUCGAUAUGUAUUUUAGACGACAAGUUGAACUGUCGAAUAUGUAUCGCACAAUGGAGGCAAAUAAUUACGAUAAUGCUGAGCAAGCUAUCGAGGAUGUUAAGAACGGUAAACUAAUGGCAUUCAUAUGGGAUUCAUCUCGCUUGGAAUUUGAAGCAGCCCAGGAUUGUGAGCUAGUAACAGCAGGAGAACUGUUCGGUCGCUCGGGCUAUGGUGUGGGACUGCAAAAGGGCUCUCCUUGGGCGGACCUUGUCACACUCGCUAUAUUGGAUUUUCAUGAAAGUGGUAUAAUGGAGUCUUUGGAUAACUUAUGGAUCCUUCGGAACAACAUGCUAAACUGUGAAGAAAACGAGAAAACACCAAACACAUUGGGCUUGAAAAACAUGGCGGGAGUGUUUAUACUGGUGUUAGCGGGUAUUAUAGGGGGCAUAGUACUGAUAGUGAUCGAGGUGGUGUACAAACGUCACCAGAUCAAGAAACAGAAGCGGAUGGAGAUCGCGCGCCACGCCGCCGACCGCUGGCGCGGAGCUGUCGAGAAACGGAAGACACUUCGGGCCGCCAUCUUGCCAUCACAGCGCAGAGCCAAGUCGAAUGGAGUGAAGGAAGCUGGCAGUAUCAGUUUGGCUGUAGAGAGAGGAGCCCGACGCCGGGACGAGCCGCGUGUGCCUCGUUACCUGCCGGCCUAUACGCCCGAUGUCUCGCAUCUAGUCGUGUAAACUAAUAUUCAUUACUCAAGGCCUAUCUACGUACUGCGUAUUUCUUAUCGCACUAUGUACACUAGGUCUAAAUUGGUGUUGUUCGUCCUAAAGUAGUUAGAAUUUGAAUCGUUGCUGUGAACUUAGCUUAUGAUAUUGUGAAGAAUUUACUAAGCUCAACUUAGGUAUUUGUUUAGUCGUUAAAUUAUUAGGUAUAUAAUCUGUGGUGGCUGGUAGCACAUUUAUGAGCAAGAAGUCACUUUUUAAACCUUAAAUGAACAGUCAACUAGUCGUGUUAGCAAAGAAUUUAGUACUGACUGACUGAUUGCUAUUACUUACUGAACACUAUAUGAGGCCAAGGUUACAAUAUAAAUCUAACAUGGCCUCCUCUUUCUUUCAUUUCUUGGAUGUGCUACAUAUUACAGGGUACGGCCUCUAAAGAACUUCUAAACUCCAAAAUAGUUGUGAUUAAUGAUAAGAAAUGCACAACUACUGAUUUAUUAAGUUAUUUUAAAACUAAUUUACUGACUUUAGAACAUCAGGAGAUGUUGCCCCGUUUUGUUGAAUUGUAGAAAAUAAAAUGUUAACUCUAAAUGAAAAUAGGUAUAUGUGGUUCUAAAUGGAUGUCUAAAGAUAUUGUUAUUCAGAAGAUUAGCUAGUCACUGUUAUUUUAUUAUUAAAAAUAUAUAGUUUAUACUUCAAAAGCUAUGUCUAGUUUGUUAUGCCGGCCGUUAUUACUGUCCUCAAUUAUUUAAGCGUACAACUUCUUUAUUAUUGAAAUACGCAAAAUAGUAAUUUUUGAUAUUGUUGUCUAGUUUAUCAAAAGUCUACAUGUGACAUAAAAUAAAUACCAAUUACUUAAA